GUCCGAGGAAAAGGGGAACAUCUGUGUUGACAUGACGUGUGUUUUGGUCUAGAGAAGAAUUCCGGAGAGGGACGCAGACGGCGAGAGGGCGACGUUUUCCUUUUCUUUUGGGAGAAGAGGAAGGAGGAAGGGCACCAUGCCGUACAUAUCGUCAAGUGGUAACAUUGGGGGAGAUCAGGGAUGGAGUUUAUCCAAAAUUCCAAAUCUAUUUUGGGGGCUCGUCAACUUCAUUGUUCUUUUUUUCCAGACCCUAAUCAACCCAGACUUAACAAAGCGUGGUGAUGGCUACUCAAGCAGCUAUGGUGCUCCGGGAAGAGGACCACCUCCAGGACCUCCAUCAAGAAGAAUAGGAAGGAUCCACCGAGGAGGCGGUGCUGCUCCCCCACCCAUGGGAGGUGGAGGAUGAGGCAGGUAAAUCCCUCAGUUGGGCUUUAUGCCAUGCCCACUGAGGGAGCCUGCAACUUGUGGUGAUCUUUGCUGUUGUUGCUUUGCACUCACAGGCUUCUGACAAGAAGUGCUGAUGAAGUCCUGUAUUGUUUUGCUGUGCAGAACUUAGUACAGGCUGAAAUACAUAUUGGCAUUCACAGAAGAAAACAAGUGCCAAGCUCCAUGCAAAUAUAGGUCUAAGUUCUCAGUAUUGUGAGUAACAGAGCAAUGUUUAUAUGACGUGACACUUGAAAACCAUUAACUUGGGCAGGUGUUGCUGAGGAACCAGCAUAGAUCACCACUCCAUGCCACUAGAACAUUCGAGAGGAAUAAGAAUUUAUAUAAUACUUGUCUUGAUGUUCAUAUCAUGGUAUGCAUUACCUUCUUUCCAUUCUUAGUAAAUUGUUAUUAUAUAAGUUACAGAGUAUUUAAGUAUUAUAUACUAAGCAUACAUGUUUAUGUAAUUUGGACAAAUCCCACAGAUUCAGCACAUCACACCUGAAAUGUGUUUUGACCUUUUUGGAUGUGGUAGCUGUCACAGGGAGUGGCAGUUGUGCAUAAGACAGGGAAGGAACAGACCAGAUAGCAUAUUUUCACAUUUUAAAAUUUCUGAUUAUUUACUUGAAUUUUUCAGCAUAGUAUUCUUUAGUCUUUUACAUGCUCUUCAGUUAUAAUUAAAUCAUGAUAUAGAAAAUUAGUAUCAGGAUACUUUUUGGUUAUAUUUUGCAACUGCCAAAUAUUUUGAACAGAUGUACUUUCCAAAAUUUGUUCAUACAUGGGGAUUGAUAAGGUCUCACAAAAGCCUUCCAUUGUCAGGACAAUCUUGAAUAAACCAUUCUUGAUAAAA